GAUUUUCACGAACGAGGAAGAAGAAGGACUCGCCUGUUGUUUGUUUCGAUUUUCGCAGCAGGCUAAAAUGCGGACAUUUAAGUCCUUUGGUGUGUUAGUGAGUCUGUGCUUCGUGUUCGCAUACACCUCGGCAACUGCCGAUAUUUUUGAUGGAGUUUUGGGAAAUACUGCGUCUUGCCAUAAGACAUGUCAAAUGACUUACAGUUUGCACACAUAUCCUCGGGAGGAGGAACUGUACGCCUGUCAGAGAGGCUGUCGACUGUUCUCCAUUUGCCAGUUCGUGGGCGACAGCGAGGAUCUGAACCAAACUAAAGUCGAGUGUGACUCCACUUGUCAUGAAGCGUACAGGCAGUCAGAUGAGCAGUUUGCCUGCAACCUGGGCUGCCAGAGUCAACUACCGUUUGCUGAGCAAAGACAAGAGCAGGUACAAAAACAAGAGCAGUUGCUGGCCAUGAUGCCCCGCAUCCACCUGCUGUACCCUUUGACUCUGGUGAGAGGGUUCUGGGACGAUGUCAUGAGUCAGGCCCAUAACAUGAUGUCCUCCUCCUGGACCUUCUAUCUCCAGGCUGACGACGGGAAGCUGGUCAUCUUCCAGACCGAACCACAGAUCCAGUUUAUUCCUGCGUUUGAGCUCCAGAAAGAGGAAGUCGGGGGAGAACCACAGACGAAAUAUCCUGGCCUGGGUAGCCCUGUGUACAAAGGCUACCAGCGUAGCUUUGUCCAGGAGAGGGACAGGGACAUGUAUGUGGACCGCAGCAUCAACAAGGACGACUACAACCUCUUCAGCUGUCUCUCCAGGAACCCCUGGCUCCCGGGCUGGAUCCUGACCACCACUCUGAUCAUGUCUAUUCUGGUUCUCAUCUGGAUCUGCUGUGCUACCGUGGCGACCGCUGUUGACCAAUAUGUCCCUGCUGAGAAACUGAGUAUCUAUGGAGACAUGGAGUACGCCAAGGACAACAAGCUGCUGACCCCUUACCCAGCAUCCUCUCUGGUCAUCAUCACCUCCGGGCCGGGGCAGGAUGAGGAGGCUGGACCACUCCCUUCCAAAGUCAACCUGGACCAGUCCAACGUCUAAACAUAUAGGGUCCAAACCAGCUAGCCUGGGUACCAAUCUGUUUGUGCUAUCUUUCCGCUUCUUGCCACUCCUUGACUGGCAAGGAGUGACAUGAUAACACAAACAGACCUUUACCCAGGCUACAAACCAACAGGGUGGAGAAGGUGAUGAUAAAACUAGUCCUGGAGUAAGAGGCAUUUUUAUGGAGAUUUUCCCAUUGAGCAUGUGUUUUAGUCCAGGACUACGAUUAAUCUGGACUAGUGAAUUGAAACAUGAUUGUGCAGGGUGAGAAGAUUUAUGAAAAAGCAUGCUAAAUGGAUUUCCAUUGAAAGGGGUGUUCUUUAGUCCAGGAAUGGGCUUAAUCUGGGUCUGCAAACUGAAGCUGGCCCUUUUUAGAAAGCCCAAGUCAGUCUUACGUUUUCACACUGUUAGACCCCUUUUUAGUCUAAAUUGUAAAAACUGCUUCAAGCACAUUUUGUAUUGGCUGUUGUCUUGUUCCUCUUUCAAGUUCUGGAGAUUAGCAUAAUAAGGGGGGGCUUAUUUUUGUUCUGUGUAUUGGCAUAAAGUAAAGUGAGGCAUUACACUCACAAUGAUAGCAGCACAGUUACAUUAGCUUAUUUUUUAGGACUUUCUUUCUCUUUUGUUGGGGUGUUUUCCAGACCCUCGUUUUGAUGUUUGUUUUAUUGAAUCAUAAUUUGUUGAUGGCCUCUGAAUGCGUCCCAAAUGGCACCCUAUUCCCUAUAUAGUGUUGUCUAAAGUAGUGCACUAUAUAGGGAGUAGGGUGCCGUUUUGGGACGGAGUACACGUUUUAUGUGCAGGUUUCAUUUAGAACAUAGAAACCCUAAAUAGAUUUGGUGAAAUUACACGGGUCAAUAACGGGCUAUGUGCUUAAACCACUACCGCUGUAUCUCUCCCAUUCACUUAGUGUGGUCGUGUUUUAACCUGUAUUGGUUGGAUGGAGGUUUUCUGUUCUAAGCAGCCAUUUGUCACAACAGAGACUGUUUAAAUAUUAAACAAUUAACGCUGAAAUCUGACUUCAGAUUUGUUUUUGACGUGACGGCGCUGUAGGUAGUUGUAACAGCGCUGUAGUAGUAUUUUUUUUCUUCUCCUGAUGAGAAAUGGUUUUGAAAUAAACAGAGUCAACCAGC